CAAAAAAUCCAUCCCCAUGCUGUGCCAAACUACGACUCUCGACUAGCUCUGGUUUCAGUCGGCGAAACACUCGCACACUACAGCGCACGGCAGUGUUUCAGUUGUGCAAGCAAAAUCUACACCAUGCACUGUGAGAAAAAUCUUCACUUGAGAGUAAUGUUUGAACAGAUGGCCAAUCCGCAACCGGGUAGACGUGUUUCGGUACGGCCCCAAAACGUUUGUUCGCAGAAGAAACGAGCAGUUUGAAACCGAGAAACCCAAAGGCCACCGUAAUCUAGCGGGUCGGUUUGGUCACGUAUCUGCAGUUAAAUUUACGCCAUGUACGCAUUGGUUGUGUCCGUAUCGCUGGCCUGCAUACUGCAGGUCGCGUACUCCAGCCCGGACUUUGGCAUCCAGGGCACGAUCGCCGGUGUAGCCAAGAUCAACGAGCGCGCGGUCCUGGCGAAGGAGCACUUUCUACGUGUGGACGACUACAUCAUACCAACGCAGAAGAGUGACAUUAGCAAGCUGCGCGAUGCGGCAGUGAUAUUGCAGGCGAUCGGCCUGCAGGUGAACACACUCGGUCCGGCCUUAAUGGAUGCAGUGACGACAGCAUCGGACAACGAUAGUGGUAAUAUCGAGUCAACGUUUACACUGAUCUCUAUGGCACGGAUUACGUUUGAGGAUUACAUCAAUAUUGUGCUGCAGGAGCAGAUACAGAAUCUCGAGACACUGCUCGGCAUUCACGUGCGGGAUCAGCUCGUGGAUGACUUCUAUCACAUUUCGGAGCGGCUGACGGCGCUGGAUGCCACACUGUCGUUGCUGCAGACAGCUGUAGAGGAAGCACAUACCGCAGCGAACGGUGGUCCAGUGUCUGAUGCGCUUGUACGGCAGUUCGUCGAUGCCGAUCUGGUCGCACAGUUGACACGCCAUCUUACACUGCUGGCGUAUCGUAUACCGGUACUGACGUACACCAUUACCUCAUCGCUGGAAAACAUUCAGCAGGCGGAUGAGUACUACUUCGGAUUGAGGGAGGAUUCGGACCGAGUGUUGGACGAGAUUGAAGCAUCCGGCAAUGAUUUCUAUGACGACACGAUGGCCUAUUCUACCGUCGUCGAGGCGGCCAUGAACCAGCUCAUUGGUGAUUACGAAGGCGAUUUGGAUGCAGCUACGGAGACUGCCACAGAGCUAAACGUAGAGGAUCUGACAUCGGCUAUCAGUGGUCUCAAAGCGGUACAGGAUACUGACCUGGCGGACACACUUGAAGCGUACAAGGCACUUUAUCUAGAGCGAGUGGAGGAACUGUCCACGCUGUUACCGAUCGAGUCUAACUUUUCGUUCCUUGCGGGUGAAAAUCCAGCCGCCGUACUGGUGGGAGUGUUGAUCGCCAAUGGUCCAUUUUCACGAUUUUGCUUCUGGAAGUAUGCCAGCGUGCUGCACAACAUUCUGCUUACGUCGAACUUUGCCAGCGAGUGUUACGAUCGGGAGUACAAUCGGCUGCAGACGCUGGAGCAAGCAUUACUGUUAGAGAUCGAGAUGAUCAGCUUCAAUCAGGAGAUUAUCAAUCCGUAUUCGAGCGUCUGUAGCUUUCUGCCCGCAUCCGCUUCCACACGCACCACAGAAUGUGCGAACGAGAUUGCCUCUUACUUUGCCAUCCUUUCGACCGAGUACGAUACUAAGCUGGGUUACUUCGUAGAGUUGGCCGAAAUUGAGCUGGAUGCCGCCAAGGAGCGAUUGAGCGUUUGCUGGUUGUCGAAGGUACAGCAAAUACUGGUCCAGUAUGCAGAUAUAGUGCCAGAAAUUAAUGCCUGUGCUGCGACCGGACCUGACGUAUAGAUUCAAUAAAGCAAAACAGCGGAAUGGUGUGCGAUGCUGUGUGUGUUUAUGCAACAAAAAAAAACAACCAACAAUAAAGCUGUGUAAUAUUGCAUUUUUGAGCUAAUAUUCCAUCAAGGUAUCUGGCGAGAAAAUAUAUCAAUUUGUUUAGUGUAGUUCAAUGUAUGUGGUUAACAGCUUCACAU